AUGUCAUCUUACUUUAGACCAUGUUCAUUUAAAUUAAGUUAAGAAAAUCAAAUAUAACAUAAAUUUUAACCCUUACCAUAUAAUGUCAUUUUUUCUGAUUAAGUUUUUAAUUUCUUAAAGAGUUCAGAAUGCAAAAUUUCUAGAAUAAGCAUACUUCCGACAAAAUUAUCAGAAUUAGAGGAAUUCACUCAAUUUGAUGUUUUCAAUAUAUAGAAGAGCAUUUAUUCAAAAACAAAAAGCAUUGAUUAAAUUAAUAUGGAAUAUUAUUUAGAUGAUGAUUUGAUAGAAGAAAUGUUUAAAUAAGGAUAUGAUGAAGAUCAAAUUAUUUUUCUAAUUAGGAGACUUCCACCAUCUAAAUUAAGAAUUAAAAAUACUUUAAGUUUGUAAGCCAUAAAAGCUAUCUAUUCAAUACUUUAUUAAGCAUCAUAAUUUUAAAAUUCUAUUAUUUGUUGCAGUUUUGAUAUUUUUAAAUAUUGGAAUUGGGUAUUUACUAAGAGAAACUUUUUAUAAUUUUAAAACUUUUGGAAAGUUUUUCAAAUAACUAUUUUAUAAAUUUUUUAAUUUUUUUGUUUAUCCUACAAAAAAAUAUAUCUUAAAUGAUGAAGUUUUGUAAUUGAACAAAUUUUUAUCUUAAGACUAAAUAUAUUUUAUUAUAUUAACUCUUAUAAAUUUUGUCUUUUUUUUAUUACUCUUAUCGGACAUAUGUUUUUACAUAUCAUAUUGAGAAUUAAAAAUGAUCUUAAGAAUUAUGUGAAAAUGGAGCAAGCAUAACAGCAUCAUACAUUUAUUAUUCUUUUGCCUUUAUAGCUUUUAUAGUAGAAUUCAUAUUGUUCUAUAAAAUUGUGUUGAUUGUUCCAUCACAUUUAAAUAGAUUAAAUAUUAAGUAAGUAAAUUUUGUAGAUGAGAACUCUGGAGAAAAUGAUUAACAAGAAAAUUAAUAAAAUAAAAUUCUUCCAUUAUAAUAGGAAGAAAAUAUUUUUAUAAAAUUCAAGAAUGGAUAAUAUUUGUAGAAAAAAUCAAUUAAUAAAAUUAAAAAUAUAAUAUCAACUUUAAAAAAAUGUGUUACUUAUAUUACAGGAAAAGGUGAAGAAUGA